AGCUGACCUGGACCCCGUGCCACGCUGCACUCAGGCACUCGGUUCCUCUGCCUGACAAAGAGAGGAAGUGUAUGACUCGUGCUUGCCUCUCUGGCAGGAGGUAGAGCCCAACUGAUUCUUCUCGUAGCCUCUCCCCGGCACACAGAACUACAUCUCCCAGCGUCGCCCGCGCGGGCCCGGCGGCAGCAGGAGGCGCGCAUGCGCCGAGCGCCGCCACGCCUGGUCUCCGGCCGUAGACGCGAGCCGAUCUGGCUUAGAGGAACGGGCACAUCACGGAGCGCGCGCCUCCGCUGCGUUGCGGUCCCGGGUGAGCCUCCGCGGGUUUAGUGCCAUGAUCCGACAGGACCUCUCCACAUCCUACCAGGAGCUCAGCGAGGAGUUGGACCAGGUUGUUGAGAACUCGGAGCAGGCGGACUCGCGAGACAAGGAGCCAGUCCAAGUCCAAGGUCCAGGGGUCCUGUCAGGCGUCGACAGCGAGUCUGCCUCCAGCAGCAUCCGCUUCAGCAAGGCCUGCCUGAAGAACGUCUUCUCGGUCCUGCUCAUCUUCAUCUACCUGCUGCUCAUGGCUGUGGCUGUCUUCCUGGUCUACCAGACCAUCACGGACUUCCGAGAAAAGCUCAAGCACCCCGUCAUGUCUGUGUCUUACAAGGAGGUGGACCGCUACGACGCUCCAGGGAUCGCCCUAUACCCUGGUCAGGCCCAGCUGCUCAGCUGUAAGCACCAUUAUGAGGUCAUCCCACCUCUUGCCAGCCCUGGCCAGCCAGGAGACAGGAACUGCACCACCCAGAGGAUCAAUUACACCCAUCCCUUCUCCAAUCACACCAUGCAGUCAGCCCUGAUUGUCCAGGGGCCACAGGAAGUGAAGAAGCGGGAGCUGGUGUUCCUCCAGUUCCGCCUGAACCAGAGCAGCGAGGACUUCAGUGCCAUUGACUACCUCCUCUUCUCCUCCUUCCAGGAGUUCAUGCAAAGCUCAGACAAGGCGGGCUUCAUGCAGGCUUGUGAGAGCGCCUACUCGAGCUGGAAGUUCUCAGGAGGCUUCCGCACCUGGGUCAAGAUGUCACUGGUGAAGACCAAAGAGGAGGAUGGGCGAGAAGCUGUUGAGUUCCGGCAAGAGACUAGCGUGGUUAAUUAUAUUGACCAGAGACCAGCCGCCGAGAAGAGUACACAGUUGUUCUUUGUGGUCUUCGAAUGGAAAGAUCCCUUCAUCCAGAAGGUCCAGGAUAUAAUCACGGCCAACCCUUGGAACACCAUCGCACUCCUCUGUGGGGCUUUCCUCGCGUUAUUUAAAGCAGCAGAGUUUGCCAAACUAAGUGUGAAGUGGAUGAUCAAAAUCAGGAAGCGAUACCUUAAGAGAAGAGGCCAGGCAGCAAACCACAUCAGCUGAGGUCGCCGUACCAGCACUCUGGACUGACGGAAGCCUUGUCCUCCCGUUGACAACCGAGCAACCAGCAAUCCUGUACUCACUUGAAGGGUCCUUGCAGGGAAGGGCGGUCUUUCCAACUGGACGGUCAAACCUGGCCCAGAAGGAGGCUGUUCUGAGCCUACAGGCAAACAUCCAAUGAAUAACCUGAAACUUAUUUAAGUACUUAAAUUAUUAACAGACAUUUUACCGCGCUGUCUAGUGCCUUGGAGGAGGGGGUUUGUGGAAAGCGGCUUCUUCCUGUCUGCCCAUUAAGUAGUUAAGCUCCAGGUUAAGAGAAGUCUCCCUCUUUACUUUUUUUUUUUUUUUGUAAAGUGUAGAAGAUACAUCCUGUAUCCACACUUCCUCCUGACCUUUAUACCACCUACUGUUGUUACCUAAGAAAAGUAACAGAGCUUAGGUGAGACCUUUUUUUUUUUUUUUUAAAUGUAGCCCUGGUGAACUCACUAUGUAGACCAGGCCUGCCUCUGCCUUCCCACUGCUGGGAAUCAAAGCCUCUGUUCCUGCUCCCAGCCUUACGUGAGACUUGAAAGGCUACUAGAAACCAGUGGUUCCAUUUCUGAUGGACCAAGCUGACAAAGGUCAGUUCAGUGGCCACUGCUGGCAGCAAUGGCACAGAUGUGUACAGUAGGCGCCUACUUAGUGUAUCUCGAUUUCAUUAACAGGUAAAUAAAGUUGGGCUAAUACAAGGAAUGAGUGUGAGUAAACCAACAGGCACCAAUACUGGACUUGCGCGUGCUGUGACCGCCAAGCCCCAAUGGCGGCAUGAGUCUGGACUGACCCCUGAGGUACGUCACCACUGCUUCCAGGGAAGGUAAGCUGGACACGGAUGGCAGAUGGCCAGACAGAUGGACACACCACACUACGAAUGAGCUGCUCAGUAGGCCACUGUGUCCUUCAGAAACGCUCACCUAAAAGGGUGACCUUUAAGGCUUUGACAAAUAGCACUUAUAUAAACCCAGACCCCAUCUAUUCCAGAUGGUGUGGGAAUAUGGGUAACAUUCAAAGAAUUCACAAUAGGCCUUGGGGAAUCUGAAGGGAACUGUUCACGUGUAUAAGGGCAUUUUUGUCUCUAAAUUUAGCAGCAAGAAACUGUUUUGGCUGAAUCCCUAGAAAUAAACUUGUAUAAUGAAAUAUUCACCGCUAUCUUUCUAUUUCAUAGAUGUACAAGAAUUUUAGACUAAAGGUUUUUUUAUAAAAUGCCAUUACAGUGCAAAUGCGAAGCAUAAACAUAUCAACAAGAUUAAGUAUGAAAGGCUUCCUAAGCGCAGUCGGUGUGCACUUCGCAUGGGGAGCCCUGGUCACAAACCUCUGUAAUGAACUCUGCCCCAGUGACCACAGGAGCUUCACUUUCCUGUAUUGGGAAAAGUUGAGCUAUGACAUUUGCUUUAGGUAAUUAGGAAGUAUUUUUGCCUACUGACUGAGUAAAAACUCACCUGUCACUUUCUGGAAAGGCAAGCCCAGUAUUCUGUGGUAGGGUUGUGCCUCGCUGUGAGCAGACUGGCCUGCAAAAUCCACUGUUUGAAAAUGUAGCAAAAAUCACAAGCCAUUGUACUGCAAGGAAGGCUUUUCCCACGUGGGUAUCACAGCAGCAAGAAUUCUAUGCUGAUUUUUAACUGGUGUUCAGUUGAAACCAUGUUACAAUCUCCUAGCCCUUCACAGCCCUGCUGCUGUUGUAGAUUGAGUCGUCCCCACACCUGUUUUAAUUAAAACUAGCUUCAAUGUUAAACCUGUCCUAGGGCACAGAGAUUCUUUAAAAUGGUUACAUUUUGAUAAAUGGCUAGGUUAAUCCAUGGACCAUAAGCAUCCUAAUUUUAACUAGAACACAUCCACAAGUUGUGAUUUUUCUGUAGCUCUCUCCCAGAGAGAAAAGAGCAGAUGACAUAAGGCAAAAUACAAACAUAGACUUUAUUAAAUGCUGCUCAAUCCCCAGUGAAGGUCUUCCAUUAUAAAACAGUUCCGUACAACAGCAAGGCAAGAGGUUGGAAUGGUACUGAUAACAUGUGAGAGAUACUUGACCAGGUAAGAACGUACAUGGCCUCUACAUAGUCAACGCAUCUCCUUUCAAUAAAGC